GUUGGGAGCGAAAGUUUCACGAGGAUGGGGGGAACGGAGGUGCAGGACUAAUAACGCCGCAUUUGUUUAUUUGGAAACGAAAAGCAUAUCCGUAGCCUACGUAAACCUUCAAAUUCAAACGACGCCUUUUAUGGUGUUGGUUUGGAAUUUGGACCUUUACUGGAUAGGUCGUACGAAACAGAAUAAGAACUGAUUCUGAGGGCUUGGAAGUGAUUUUACUGUGUCAAAAUGUCCGCUGCAACGCAGUCUCUCAGCGCUGCGAAGUAUGCAGUCAUUUUGCUUUUCUUCAGUUGGGCUGAACUCAUACUUGGAAAUACUGAAAAUACAGAUCCGUGUCCUACAUCUUGCACAUGUAUCGGUACUUCACUGGACUGUAGCCGACUGACAAAAGGGUCAAUUCCAAAGACCUUUCCUUCAUGGGUAACUCAAUUGGACCUGAGCCAUAACAAAUUACGAACACUUCCUGAAGCAUUGUUUACUGGUCUGCCGCAUCUGAGUGAAAUAAAGCUGAAUAAUAAUGAAUUGGAGAUGAUACCAGAUUUUGGCCUUCUUUCCAAGACUAUCAUCACUCUUGUUCUAGCUAACAACAAGAUCUUGGCACUAUUGCCGGAGCAGCUUGAACCACUGGUCGCCUUGGAGACACUGGACCUUAGCAAUAACAACCUAGUGGAAGUGAAGGCUGGAUCCUUCCCAUCUCUGCCCCUGAAAAACCUGUACAUGAAUAACAACCGUAUCUCUGUGUUGGAGCAUGGCUGCUUUAACAGUCUCUCCAACACACUGCUGGUGUUGAGACUGAACAGGAACCGUCUGAGCUCCAUUCCUGCCAAGAUCUUCCAGCUCCCCAGUCUUCAACACAUGGACCUGAGCAGGAACCGCGUGCGACGCGUAGAGGGCCUGACGUUCCAUGGCCUGCACAAGCUGCGAUCGUUGAAGAUGCAGCGGAAUAGCCUGGUCCGGCUGAUGGAUGGAGCUUUCUGGGGUCUCAGCAGCAUGGAAGUCCUGCAGCUAGAGUACAACAACCUUACGGAGGUGAGCAAGGGAUGGCUCUAUGGGCUGCUCACCCUGCAACAGCUACACCUGGCUCACAAUGCCAUCAGCCGCAUCAGGUCCGAUGCCUGGGAGUUCUGCCAGAAACUCGCUGAGCUGGACCUGAGCUCCAAUCAGCUGGCGCGGUUGGAAGAGGGCAGCUUUGCCGGCCUCAGCGUGCUCGGACAGCUCUCCAUUGCCCACAACCGGGUCAGCUUCAUUGCCGACGGCGCCUUCCGCGGCCUUCCCCUCCUGGACACGCUGGACCUGAAAUACAAUGAAAUUUCCUGGACCAUUGAGGAUAUGAAUGGACCUUUUUCUGCACUGGACAAUCUCAAAAAAUUGUUUCUUCAAGGGAAUCAGAUUCGAUCCAUUACUAAGAAAUCCUUCACUGGACUGGACCUGCUGGAGCAGCUUGACUUGAGCAACAACGCCAUCAUGUCCAUUCAAGGCAACGCUUUCUCCCAGAUGAAGAAACUAGAGGAGCUGCGCCUGAACACCUCGAGCCUGCUGUGCGACUGCCAGCUGAAGUGGUUCCCGCAGUGGGUGGCAGAGCACGCCUUCCUGCCCUUGGUCAACGCCAGCUGCGCCCAUCCACAGCCGCUGAAGGCCAAGAGCGUCUUCGCCAUCAACCACGACGAGUUUGUGUGUGAUGACUUCCCCAAGCCCCAGAUCACAGUGCAGCCAGAGACGCAGUCAGCCAUCAAGGGCACAAACGUGAGCUUUGUGUGCUCAGCAGCCAGCUCUAGCGACUCCCCCAUGACAUUUGCCUGGAAAAAAGACAACGAGGUCCUGAGCGAUGCCGAGAUCCACAACCAGGCCCAUGUCCGCUCAACAGGGGGCGAGGCCAGCCAGGUCACUGAGUACACGACCACUCUGCAUCUGCGCUACGUGGAGUCCUCAAGCGAGGGCAGAUACCAGUGUGUCAUCUCCAACCAUUUUGGUUCCACCUACUCUGCCAAGGCAAAGCUCACUGUUCACAUGCUGCCAUCCUUUACCAAAAUGCCCAUGGACCUGACCAUCCGUGCAGGAGCCACGGCCCGGCUAGAAUGUGCUGCCACUGGGCAUCCCAGUCCUCAGAUCGCCUGGCAGAAAGACGGAGGGACUGACUUCCCGGCCGCCAGAGAACGGCGGAUGCACGUUAUGCCCAGCGAUGCCGUCUUCUUCAUUGUGGAUGUGAAAACAGAGGAUAUUGGUGUAUACAGUUGCACUGCCCAGAAUACAGCUGGAGCGAUAUCUGCUAACGCUACGCUAACCGUACUGGAAACGCCCUCAUUUCUACGGCCACUGAUGGACCGCACAGUGGCUAAAGGCGAGACAGCCGUGCUCCAGUGUAUCGCCGGAGGAAGCCCCCCACCACGCCUUAACUGGACGAAGGACGAUAGCCCCCUAGUGGUCACUGAGCGCCACUUCUUUGCUGCCGGAAACCAGCUGCUCAUCAUCGUGGACGCGGCAGAGGGUGAUGCCGGCACCUACACUUGUGAGAUGUCCAAUCCCCUGGGCACAGAGAGAGGCAAUGUGCGCCUGGCCGUCCUGCCUAACCCCAACUGCGACCCAGGCCAGACGGGUGGUGGCGUGCUCAGCUCAGGCAGUGGCUCAGAGGAGGAUGGCUGGACCACCGUGGGCAUCGUCAUUAUCGCAGUGGUGUGCUGUGUGGUUGGGACGUCGCUAGUGUGGGUGGUCAUCAUCUACCACACGCGCAGACGCAACGAAGACUGUAGUGUCACCAACACAGAUGAGACCAACUUGCCAGCAGACAUUCCUAGCUACCUGUCCUCGCAGGGCACUCUGGCAGAGCGGCAGGAUGGCUACGUGCCCUCUGAAAGCGGCAGCAGCCACCAGUACAUGAGCUCCUCCAUGGGAGGGUUCUACAUGCAGCCUAAAGACAUGAAUGGUCUCUGCCAGCUGGACACAGGAAGUGAAGCAGACAUGGAGGCAGCCAUUGACCCACUGCUUUGCCAUUACCAAGGGCCAAUCAGCUCAUUGCUGAGGAGAGGCAAUAUGUAUAGUCCAGAGCCUACAGACCCAUACACAGGCUGCGUUGCAGAUCAACGGCCUGUCUGCAGGGACUCAUACAGCGCUUCCCUGCCUAGCUCCAAGAAGAGAGACUUUUACACCUGGGCCCCCAACCUAGCAGCUGAUCCCUUUGAGUACAUGGGGCCCGGGUUGCUGAUGCAGCUGCCCACUGGGGGCCUCCAUGGGUCCUCACAGCUACCGGGCGAGUGUCUCUGCCCUGGGGAGUGUGAGGGGGCGGAGUGUGGUCAGCCCCGGCUGUCCUCCGGCUUGUACAUGGGCACAUUUGGUAAAGCUCCAUGGAGGCCUCAGAGAGAGGCGUAUGGUGGCCUUUGCACUGUAGUUCCUCGCAACGAAGAGGUCCUCUGUGAAAAUCUGAAUGUGGCCCUCGACACAGACUCCGACCGUGAGGAGGAUUCUGCUUCUUGUCCAUUCUCCCGGCACACCACAGCCGACCUGGAUGGCAGUGAGUUCAAGCAGCCCUUCGACAGCAGUGGGGCCUCAGAAAAGCACCUCAGUUCUCAGCCAUGCACGUAGCACAGUGGAGCCAGAACAAGAUUUUGCUCUCCGUUUUAUUCAUUAAAGAGGAGGACUAAAAGAAAAGGAAUUCUACCUCAGAGAGGACGCUCCUUGUGCGCAUUGGUUUGAAUGUAAAAGGUGGAAUGAGAUAUCAUUCAAAGCAACUGGGACUGUUUUAAAAAGAAACAUAUAGCCUUUGUUACUUUUGUACAAAAAAGAUAUUAAAUAUAUACAGUUUAUAAAGUUUAUUAUAUUUUGUAAAUUAACUGUGUAAACAGAAUCCAUUAUUUGCCUUCUUUUUGGUAUAAAGCUGUCAUGAACAGAGUUGAGUCAAAUACUCCACAAACAUGAGGGACUCAUAAUGGCUGGUCCACCUCUUCCCUACAAAGAUUCCUUUGUGAUCCUGUGCAAUGUUUGCAAGUUACAGCACAAUAGCUCUUGGGCACUGUUUCAAGCAAUAAUAUGGAUGGUGACAUUUUAGGACUUCACUUAGAUUUGCUUCCACUAGUUUUUUCCACCCAAGACCUUGCUCAGGCAAAGGAGCUAUUCAAGUUAACCAAUACAAAACCUUUUGUUAGCUUGCCAAGUUUGACACAGUUCUGUUUGUGAGUUUAUUCAGUUAUCCAUUCAUAUGCUCUUUGCUACAAGUAAUGCACCCUUUUGCACAUAUGAUAAUAAAACAUUGUGCCAUGUGCUGCUACA